AUGGAGGAGUUCCAGGACGUGACACAGCACGACCCAACCGCAGUGGUCGUCGGAACCGCGCCGGAACAAAUGCACUAUGAGCGGCUGACCGAAGCGAUGCGAGUGCUUCAGACCAACCAGGAUAGCCAUCUCAUAGCGGUGAACAAGGGCCGGUACUUCCAACGAGCUGAUGGCCUCGCCUUGCAGGCCGGCCCAUUUGUGGCGGCACUGGAAUAUGCCACAGGCAAGACCGCCACGGUUGUCGGCAAGCCGGAUUGGGAGUUUUUCCAUUCGGCCGCGGAGGAUGCGUCCGGGACCAUUGGCUCCGCUACCGAGCUGCCCUUGGGCAACUUCGUGAUGAUAGGGGACGACGUCAUAGACGACGUCCAAGGCGCCAUGCGUGCUGGCAUGAGGGCGAUCCUCGUGAAAACAGGCAAGUACCGCCCUGGAGACGAGAAUCGGUGCGAGACAUCGCCCCUGGCCGUGGUAGACAGCCUUGAACACGCCGUGGACUUCUUACAUGACACUGGAUUGCUUGAAUGA